GUUCAUUAAAAAUAAAUAUAUAAAUGCGUGGCGGACGCUGACGUCCAACUUUGCAACGUCGAGGCGCGUGCUUCGCCUAAUUUAUUACUCCUCCGUGCUCCAUUCAGAACAGCUGCACUGCCGCCUGGCUGCCUCGCUCUCCUUGGCUUUGCGUGUCUUUCUUUUGCAUCCUUCUCUCCUCCAGGCAUCGAUUCCCCGUCUCUCUUUAAACGGCGUACGCUCAUUCCCGUCCGCCUCGAUUCCUUCUUACAGCCCCCGUCGCUCGUUGCGGAGACAGAUGUAUCGGAUUUUUGCUAGUCCAGCACCAUCUCAUUAGAGAAACGAAAACCCAAGGUAUCUCGAUCUCGACAUUGACAUGGCUGCGAAUGAAUAUUACAAUCCCGCUGGAGGGUAUGGCCACAGUCCCUCUCGCCUACACCCUGCAGAAUAUAGCGGCCUCGCUGGGAAUCCCUAUACCACCCACCACGACCCUUAUGCUCUGAAUAGCCAGCAAUCGUUGGUUUCGGAUAAUAGCGACCCAUUUUCUGUCCCUGGAAGAGUCCCCGAACAUGAUCAAUAUGCCGAUGACAUCCCGUUGAAGUCUCAUGCCCAGCCCCCAAACGCGCCGCCGCCAAACUGGAUGCAACAGCCCACCCAGUAUCCUCCCGCACCGGUGGACCAGCCAUUUCCGGGUCCGAUGGCCGAGGCAGGACGCCAGGGCAUGAGGGGGAGGGGGAGGAGGAGGAGGGGUUGUUUCAGGAAGAAGAUUCCGUGGGUGACAUAUAUCCUAUCGACAGCUCAGAUUGUGGUUUUCAUUGUAGAGCUCGUGAAGAGUGCCCAACUUACAGGAUCACCGAUUGAAACCAAGCCCACCUUCAAUCCCAUGAUCGGUCCUUCUCCGUAUGUCCAGAUCAACAUGGGUGCGCGAUUUGAUCCAUGCAUGAAGAAUGUCGAAGGAGUGCAGAACGCGAACGAUACUAUAUCUUGGCCUUGUCCCAACUCGACUUCAUCUGUCGCGAGCUGUACCCUGUCCGAACUGUGUGGUUUCAACGGAGUGCCUAAUCCCCAUGUUGGAGGUUCAGUGCAUGACUCACCGGCGCCCGACCAGUGGUUUCGGUUCAUUAUUCCGAUGUUCCUUCAUGGUGGCUUUGUCCAUAUCGGCUUCAACAUGAUUGUACAGCUCACAAUGGGCGUAGACGUUGAGAGAAUGGUCGGUUGGUGGCGGUAUGCCUUGGUUUAUGUGGCCAGCGGGAUCUGGGGGUUUGUCCUGGGCGGGAACUACGCUGGUGAGGGUAUGUCCUCGACCGGUUGCUCGGGUUGCUUGUUCGGUAUCCUGGCUCUGUAUGUCCUUGAUCUCCUUUAUACCUUCAAAGAGCGGCAAUCACCAUGGGUCGAGUUGAUCGUCAUGAUUGUCGGAGUGGGUAUCUCGUUCGUUCUGGGCCUGCUUCCUGGGCUCGACAACUUCGCCCAUAUUGGGGGGUUUAUCAUGGGACUUGCGCUGGGCCUGUGCAUCCUGAGAUCCCCCAAUGCGCUCCGGGAACGUAUUGGCCUUGCUCGGAAUCCAUACGUUGCCAUGAGCGGCGGUGCUGGACCAGAAGACGAAAAUAAAACCAACCAUAUCGGAGUCGUUGAUUUCUUCAAAGCUCGACGGACACGUUCGACCACCGAUGACACCUCCGGUCCACUUGGAUUCUUCAGGGGUCGAAAGCCACUGUGGUGGGCUUGGUGGCUUGUCCGGGUGGGAGCAUUGGUUGCGGUUCUCAUCGGUUUCAUCUUGCUUAUCGUCGACUUCUACAAGUACCCCAAGUCAAACUGCUCGUGGUGCUACAGACUGAGCUGCUUGCCGAUCAAAAACUGGUGUGACGAGGGCAAGUUGCAAUUUAACCAAAAUCAAUGAGUGAUACCCGCUAUCUUCGCAUUCUUUUGUUUCUUCGAAGAUUUCAGUCUAUGCAGUUUCUUGUGUCUCUUGUUACUAUCAUUUUCGGCGCAUUUUUCACAGGUGUUGAUGGGUUUAACGGGAAUGUGUUGGGAUACACAGCAUAUGAGAUAUCACGUCACCUUUUAUUUUAUCUACCGUCGGAUUAGCCCACGGGCAUUUUGGGAUAUCUGUCUCUGUUAAAGAAACUAUUGUGGGGGGGGG